AUGAAAGAUAUCUUCAAAUAUGAUGAUUCAGUAAAUUCGGAUAUAAAUUUUGGAGGUAAAGUUAUGGUGUUGGGUGGUGAUUUUAGACAAAUACUUCCCGUUAUACCAAAUGAAAAGAUGAAAGCUUUUGCAAAUUGGUUGCUUCAGUUGGGCGAGGGAAAGAUUGGUGAUAGUGAUGAUUUGGAUCCUAUGUCAGACUUUAUCGACUUUGUAUACUCUUCACUUCUACAACUAUACAAGGAUAAAGAUUAUUUUGCUGAAAGAGUUAUACUAGCACCAACAAAUGAAGUUGUACAAGAUAUAAAAAAUAAAUUGCUUGCUUUGUUUCCUGGUGAAGAAGUCGAGUAUUUAAGCUUUGCUAGUAUUUGUCAAACUGACAAAGCAAAGGAUUCAUCACAUAGUAAACUAUAUUCUCCUGAUGUUCUUAAUGAUCUUAAGAUAUCCGGUUUGCCUAAUCAUCAAUUAGUCCUUAAAGUCGGUGUCCCUGUAAUGUUGCUUCGAAAUAUUGAUCAACAAAAUGGUUUAUACAACGGUAUGAGAUUACGUAUUACUAAACUUUACAAAGGUGUUAUAGAAGCUGAGAUUAUAUUCGGAGGAAACGUAGGGACAAAAACUUAUAUUCCCCGAAUCAGUUUGAAACCAUCAGAUAAAAGAAUUCCUAUUAAAUUUCAACGACGACAGUUCCCUUUAUCUAUAUGCUUCGCAAUGGCUAUAAACAAGAGUCAAGGAAAAUCUCUAUCAAUGGUUGGAUUGUAUCUCAAAUAUCCAGUCUUCUCACAUGGUCAACUUUAUGUUGCACUAUCAAGAGUCAAAAGUUGA